GUGCAAAAUAAAAAUUAUAUUACAAAUGUAAGAGACAUCUUGGUGCUCCCUUUUUGAGCCCAGUUUUUAGAUGUUUAUCGAGAGAGGGUCUGGGUCAAAGAUAGCGAUACGUACGUCCUUAAAGCAAUUGAUUGAAGGGUCCUUGGGCGCCGAGGAUAUCCGGUGACUUCGUAGAUAGAUGGCCAGAGAAGCGAGCUGUCCGUAGUGUGUACAUUCCGCAAGCAUCUCAAAUGUUCAACCUGUGUGGCUCGUAUUUCAAUUGUGAGCGUGCUGAGGACAGUAAUGUUUGCUUCGUGAAGCGGAGAAUGAGUAAUGUAGCGUGGAGCAAAAACGAUGAACGCUGAAGAAUUUUAUGAGGGACUCUCUGCCCAAGAUAAAGUUGCAGGUAGUGUUUGCUAGCGCGGACAUAUCAGUGUUGCGUAUUUUAAUAUUUUAAACCUGUUGAUACAGAACCCGCACGCUUUUGUAGUAUCAUUCGCGCACCGUAUGCAGGUUAUUCAUCAUUCACAGCGAGUCACUGCUGUGUAUAAAAUAUUCUUAGCUUCUUAGCUUUCUUAGCUAGUACAUUUAGGGAAAGUCUAAUUAGGUUGUUCUACGAAGCGAAUCAAUUAUCACAAGCAAUAACUUUAGCGACGCUUUUAAUUUCGCAGUGAUAAAAUUUGCCUUGCCUGGUAUCGACACGUUUCUAGAAGACGUUUUAGAGGAAGAAAACCUCAGCGAGAAAGGAGAGAAAAUACGGCUCGACUUUGUGAAGAUUUUCGACGAACUCGGGUCAACUGCACACGUGAGAGAAAUUGUUACUUCACAGAAUAGCGAGCAAAAACAAUCGCCAGGAGCUUGUAGGAGGCGGUCAAGGGAUGACGACCUUUAUACAACACACAGUUAUGAAAUACAAACGCAUUGGGAUGAGCGAGAAACAGCUGUUGUAGAAGACAAGGUAUUUAUUUAUCUAAAUAUUUAAUUUUUUUCGAUAUGCUUGUUUCGAGUUAACACAAACUCUGGUAUACCGUGAGUAAUCGCGCGCUUUAACGCACUACAAAUCCCUAAACAAAAAACGCAAAUCAAGUUCAGAUGUACGAGGUUACUUCCCAACCCUCACAUGAACUCUGCCUUGCACAUGUUUUUAUCCUCCCCGACAAUCGCUGUAGUUGGUUGUUUUUUUCCCUGAAGGUAUUUUUUAAGCUCUUUGCGGAGCGAUUGCUGUUUUGAGUGACAUUGACCUGUUUGACAAUAUCAAGAACCGCAAUUCCGAUAGGACAAUUAUCUUAUUCGGUCGUUGAUCGGAUAGGAAACCAACUAACCUUUGCUAAUAGUUUCCCACCGUCGAAAAACAAGCCUGGGAAAAUUAGCAGAUCGUUGUAAGAUGACAAAUUCCUAAACUUGUAUGUAAGCGAUUCGCUUAGCUUGUUUCCCUUUGGUAAUGCGUUAAAAGGAAGUGGGCCAAUUAUCGAAAUUGUUCGCAGGAAACAUAAAAUUUACAAAUUUAUUUGGGUUUCCCUCCUUGUUGUUAUUUCUUCAUUCUUUACUCAGGGAAAAUACCUUUAACGUGGAGGUUAUUUUUGUACCGUAUUGAUCAAAUUUUGUAGUGUUCAACUUUAAUAUAGGAGUACAUUAAAAAUUAAUACCAAGUACUAAAAAACGUGUUCCAGAGGAAUGCAUUUCAGAUCGAAUAUUGCGUUGGUUGUGGACCGCGAAUGGAAUAUUUCCGCUUUAGAAUAUUUCGAGCAAAUUAUUUCAAAUUUUGUGCACGUAGCAGCCCUUUGUUCAGUAUAACUGAGAAACAUUCAUUCAUUCAUUUCAUAUCGGUUGGAUCGAUUUCUGUUUGUAUUAGUAUUGUGUUUAUCUCCGAUAGACGCAGCUUGUGUGGUUCACGCAACCCUGACCUUUGCGAGAACAAUAAAAAGGGAUUUAUUUAUAAUUAAUUUUCAAUCAAAAGAUUUACUUCAAUGGAAGUUCAAGGAAAGUUGUUUGUGGUUAAGGUGGAAGAAAAUUGAUUGUUGAAUGUGCUCGUGAUUGCUCGGUAGGAGUUUUUGUUUAGAACAUAUAUUUUUUCGCUUGAGAAACUUUGCACUGUCGCUUGGCCCAAAGGCUCCGGCCCAGUGCUGAGACAGAAAGAUUAACCCAAUUAAUCAUCCUGUUAAUCGUGGUUUUCGGCGCUUUUUGAUUUUUUCUUUUUAAGAAAGGGAAGCCCGAGAUGUGAUUACUGUUUUUUUCGCGGGCCUCCUUUUUUUGAAUCCUCCUGCGAUUGUAAUUUGAACGUUUUCCCUUGAAAGGCUUCUUGUUUGAUGAAAGCGAUACAUAUCAUUAGUCUGGAAUACUGAAAUAAUAACAUUUAUAACAACAGGGUUAAACUAAUAUAACAAAAAUUAUAUUAAUUUAAUAACUUGCCUUCUUGACUCCUGAAAAACGGUGCGUGGUUUUUAUAUUGACAAAAUAAUUAUUAACUGCUAGGGCAAUAUCAGAAAAUUCUUCUUGACUCAGUGAUACAGCAUUUUAUUGCCAAAUUAUUUUAAACUUUGUCUAAUUAAAGCAACACUCAAACCAAGAAAAAAAAUGUUAAGUUAAAAUAUCAAAGAGUUCUAACUUGGAUUUUAAUAAACAUUGUGUUUUGAAAGAAAUUAUUUUUAUUUAUUGUUUUUAGAAGGAGUGACUUUGAAAAAAGAUUUUGUACCAUUUUCAGUUAGUUUAAUAGAACUUAUGCUCUCACUAUACAUAUUGCAUUUCUUACAAAAAUAUUUAUGCUAAGCUUUCAAGAUACAGAAGAUACUUGCCUCCAUAAUCAAUCACAAGGUCAAAGAGUAACUUAUACUAGUAACAUACUUGUUCAGUGGUGUGAUAGUCUGUCGCAUUCUGUGCAUAACAUACACAAUACUGGAAUAUAACUGAUCUACCAUAUGUUGUUGACAAUUGAGUCAUUCAGCUGCAAUUAAUUGAUUGUGUACUGUUUCAGCAUUUGCUUUUAAAAAAUCACUAACCUGCAGUCAUGUCCUCUCUAUACCUCUAUAUAUGUGUCUCGCAGGUUAGUGUAGAUAAUUGUGGGGUAGUGAAAUAGGACUCAAGUAAGGUCUACAUGCAGGAACCCUUGCUGCAUCUAGUCAAUAGCAAGCCUUCUGCUCUAAAAGGAAACUGUAAGGAGCCCAAUGUUCUGAAGCCGUUAAAUCCAGGGUGCCCUGCAUAUGAUUUUAAUGCAGUGCAAAUUCCCUAGUUGCCCAAGAGCAAAAGUUAGGCACAAGGGGCCUUUGAGCUAGUGCACAGCACUGAAUAAACUCCACUGUAUGGUUCUACACGUAUAAAUAUAGCUGUAUCUUUCUAGUUUUGGGAAGCUCCUUAUUUCAUACCAAAUACACCAAAUACAUGUACGUUGUCUGCUAGACUUCAAAAAUGUUCUUGCCGGGCUUUAAACAUGCAGAAAGUCCAACUGAAAAAAAGAAAAACUGUGUAAUUGAACCUCCAUUAAGGUGAUCAAGCUGCCACUGCACCCUCGGGGUAUCAGCAAGUGGCCACUUAAUGGAGGUUGGCUGCUCAACAGAGAUUCGUCAUAAAUAAAAAAAAAAAUUAGCAUAAUCUUUAGCAGAAACAUCACGUUGUUUUGAAACAAAUGUGUGACGGGAGAAGCAUUGCUGGUCCAAAAUUGGUCGUCACCUUCUACCUCGGACUGUAUUUUCCUUCUCCAUAUUCUUGAGAUAAAGCCAAACUAAUAAAUUAUUGUCUCUAGCGACUGAUGGUUUAAAGAAACUUCCUUUGGUGAUAUGGUUUUGUAAGGUAAAUCCAGCUGACCUCAAGGUUAUCUUAUUUUCACUGUCGGAUCUGAUCAGAUUCAGGAAAUACACUUAUAAUAUUAAAGUGAUAAAGUUCUGAAUAACUGAGUAUUAUUUAAUCUUGUCUCAUCAUUUCUAACAUAUCGUCUUACUUGUUGAUUAGUACUAAGGGUAAAUACCAUUCACCAACAGGAAAGUUCCAACAAUUCACUAUGCCGAAAAGGAACAGAUAGCACGGAGGAGAGUGGCAUCUUCCUACACAGUUCAUCGUUUCCACAGUCAGAUGAAACAGUGCUUAAAAAUACCCUUAAUCUACCUAUGUUAGAUUCGGUAGAUGCCUGGUCAAGAGACUCAAUCAUUUCGGACACUGGCAGUGCAGAGUUCGAACUCCUUGAUGCCUGGGAAAGUGAUGCAAAUGGAAACGAGGAAGGCUAUUUCACAGAAGACAAUGUUUUUGUUGACUACUCAGUUCACAAACUUGACCUACAGCCAAAUGAGCUGGGAGAUUUCCAUAGUGGUGUUCUGUAUAUAAGGGAACAUCCUGGCUGGCAUAAAAGAUGGUUUACUAUUAACAGUCACUGCUUAACAUGUUUUCGACACCGUUCAGAGACUAAGAUGUUGUUUCAAAUCCCACUGAGGGGUGCAAGAAUCAUUCCAACAGACAGAAAGAAAAGUCGCAUGUUCCCAAUUACUUUGUCUAUUCCUAGAAUACGUGAGACUAUCACUUUUGCAACAACAGAAGAACGUUCUAGGCAAGAGUGGGCUUAUGCUGUGAGUUAUGUUAUUUCGAGACUUGCUGAGGAUGAGGAUAGUCCUGACUUACCCGAAAGCCACUCAUUUGUUUCUUUUGAUACGUACCUCAAACUUGUAGGGAAAGAAUCAGAUCCAGAUAGAAAUAACCUUAGCAUUGAAGCACUUGAACAAUCUCGACAAAGAAAGCUCUCAGGCUGUCUUGAUAUUCCCAAAGUGUUGGAACCUCAUUGCAUUAGUAAGAAAGAAAGUAAGGAGAGUACUCAUUCAAAUAUGUUUGACUCAUCUUUGGCUCAGUGGAGAAUUGGACUUGAUGAUGAAGAUGAGGUGCUUUUAAUGGACGAUGAUCUUGCUCCAGGUCUGAAUGAAGAGGAGUCAUUUAAGGAGCUGCAAGAGGUAUAAUUUUACUGAGAAUAUGAUUUUAUAAUGGCUUAUAUUAAACAAAAGCAACAUAACCUGUCGACUUGCCCACAAGGGGACUUUUUGUAGCAAAAAGUCAGCUAAAAUGAGCAAGACAUAAGCUGCUUCACUCAGGUUCUGCCGCUACCAAAUGAUUGAUGAUAUUUGUUAUUAUAUUAGUCAGUUUUAGGAUGGCUAUGAUUACAACUAUUGCAAUCACAUUUUAGUAAUAAAUGCAUCUCUUUAACAAAUAUGGAAGGUUUCCAUAAGAUUACCAAGGUAACUACAAUCAUUUAGAUUACUGGACGUUUUUCAGUGAUCAAAUUACCAAGGUUUUGUUGAAAAAAUUGAGGGGACAAUUGAAAUGGAAUUGACAAUGUGGAUCGCCAAAAUUCACACUUACUUCUCACUUAGGGCAAAAUGUUGGCUUAGGGGAGGGGUAUGUGGGCAGUUUCCCAGAAAUGUGUAAUGAUCCGACAAUGUUUACUGUGCACACCUGCAAUAAUUAUCCGUGUGUACUGCCAUUUGCAGAUACUUCCAGAUAUUAUACAAGGAUGUAAGAUGUCAAGCACUGGAGGGAAAAAGAAAAAGAAGGUCACCAAAGCCAACUCCUUAGGAAAAGUUGGUGAGUUAGAAAAAUUGUUGAUAGGGGUGCUGAUUUGUUUACUUUCCAUACUGGUAAACUGUAGCAUCACGCUCUGUUGAGUGCCCUGUGAACAGGGUUUUAUCUACAGUGUUGAUUUAUAACUAAUAUUAGCUAAUUCAUUUGUUGAUUUAAGUAAUUUCAAUAAAUUUAUUUGAUUAACGGUAAUUUAAUUUUGUAAUUUACUGUAGGUUCAGAAAUCUUGACCGGAAUUAGCUUCAUGUCUAUGACUAAUAGUGAAGGGAAGUCAUCUUCAACCUCUGAUCUUCAAAUUCCUGACUCAAAAGUGAAAAGACAUGGCUCGUUAGUGAAUUCUUUGUCAUCUAAAGCCAUGCGUGUAAAAUCCAGAAUAACAGGAUCUUUCUUCAGUAAAGGUAGGUAGUUUGAUUACCAGGGUUCUCGUUUUUAAAAGUCCAGGAGGGUCUAGGAUGUAUAAGUAGGCGGCUCUCAGGUAACUGAGCGCUCUAUGGACAGUUUCAUAUCACCACAAAUUAAUACACUGAGACGUAAAGUAUUAUAUCAGAUGCUGAUAAAUGGUAAAGAAAAGUAAUACAUGAAAUGAAAGGCAUAUUUAAUGUUUUAAUACACUUAGGUCGCAAAGACGACAAAGGCCCGCGCGAUUUGUCAUCAUUUCAAAGUACCACAUUCUCUGGAUAUUUACUUCGAAAGAAAGGACUAAACUGGAAAAAUCGUUGGUGUGUAGUAAAGGAACAUCAGCUUUUCUGUUACAAAGACUUCGGCAUCGGUACAGCGGAGCUGGAAGUUCCUUUACAAGACACUUUAAUAAGAACAUUGGAAGAAAACGAUCCAGAAAAACCACACAUGUUUGUAUUAGUUUGUGACAAGGAAGAGCUUUUAUUUGCGGCUGAAAAUGAAGCUGAGCUUGAGGAAUGGAUCACGGUUUUAAAGGAUGAAAUUGAGACCAAAGAACGUUCAUCUGGUGAGUAGUGUUGUAUAUUAAGAGGAAAUUUUCUGUUUUCCAUAAUCUAUUUGAUAUUUGGGCUGUGGACUUCGAGCGAUCGAUCGCAGAAAAACAGCUGCCUAAUUUAAGCUUAAUUUCUUGAGAAAAAUUGCUCUCCUUAAAAGCAAUUCUCAAUUUGUAUUUUUUCUUAUGUACUUACCUUUUAAAGUCCCUCUUUCAGCUUGUCAACGUUUGAUAAUUAAGGUUAAGUUCAUUUUUUUUUUCACUCACAAUCAGAUAAUGUCGAUAAUCAACUUAUCCUACCGUGCGUCUAGCUCCGCGUCUCCCUUCCCGUCCCCACUCCCUCGCAUAAUCAGUCUGUUUAUCUGGGUUCAUCUGGGUAAGCUUAAAGGGUGCGGUUCCGUUUUCGAAUUUCCGAAGGGAGGGGUUUCUUUUCGGGAUGGAAUUAUACCGUGUGCUUCAUAUUACGUCCUGCAGAUUAAAAAUAGCCUAAAGAGAGCGGGGGGAUACAGUGGUUCGUUCCGACUUUAGUCCUCGUCUAUGUGUUCAGUAUCAUCACGACAUAUCGUAUUUACAGCAUAGCCUAUCCACGCGAAACUCCGCUAAAUAGAUAUUCUCGUCGGAACUACCCUACCAAUACACAGGGAUCAUUACGAUAAAGAAUCAAUUUGUGAGAAAAUGUUUCUCAUAAUAACGUGUUCAUUUGAUAACACUACUUUCUUUUUGACUCAAAGUCUUUUUGACUGCUAUAAGAGCUACUGCCACGUGUUUUUGACAUUAUCCUCUGAUAUGGGACUCCUGAUUGACAACUUUAUUCUCUCAACUUCAUUGAUUGUUUGAAAGAGUACUGAUAUUAUAUGAGGGCGGAUUGUGAAAUUAGGCAGGCUAUAGAAUGUGACAAAAAUAUACAGUAAAUUGGUACGUGACCAUCGAUAAAAACUUAAACACGUACAAGUAAACCAAAAAAAACUAUUAAUACAGUGAACAUCAUUUAAACCGGACAGUUUAGACCGACGAAAAUAAAAUUUUCGCCCAAUAGGAUGAAGAAAAGGAAGAGAAAUUGGGCCGCCUCAACCCGGCGACAACCAACACUUGUAUCUUCUUAAUUAAGAAACGGAAUGACGUCAAGUGUACACAUCGGAGCCGCGUAAGUGACGACAAACCGACCGGAACUGGCGUGAACCUACGCUGUGUAUAUAUAUAAACGAACAAAAGUGUAACCGACCAUUUCAACAGCACAGAAAUAGCGAACUAAAUUAUGUCACGUAUAUAACAACAGCUAUCAAACAUUUUGGCCUUAAAAUGUUCGUUGUAAUGAGAUUACAGUUUGCUAAGCCCUUCGCCAAAUCUUGCCUCGCAGCUUCCCUUGGAGACCCAGCGGAGAGAAACCAGUCAACGGCUUCUUUAACAGCGAAACGCUCUGACCUGACCUCUUUAGGGAGCCCUUCAUUGUCGGAGAACAAAGCCAAGGAAUCUGGUAAAAGAAGCAAGGAUCCUUCACCUGUUAUUGGCAAAAAGUCGUCUAUUCUCAGUUCUUUAGGCCAUAAACUAACCAAGUCAAAACCUAAAGAUGUUCCCAGUGGCUCGCUUCACUUCCCUUCAGCAGAUCUUAGCGCAAGUAACAGCAUCGAAGAUGGCUUCGUUGUAGUUAAACAUGCAUCUAACGUUGACGGCAACCAAAGUAAGGCGGGUUUUAAUGGUCUUAUUAAAAAAGGGUAAACAGAAAACUGCUUUUACAGCGUACAGCAACUUCUUGUUGUCGUGAAAAUGUGUCUCAGAUUUAUCACGGAAAGGUUGGGAAUGGCAUGAACUUACUUACUAGCAAAUUUUAGCAAAAACUGUUGGGUUAACCUGGCGAGUGACUUAGUUUGACAUCCUUUUUCUAUUAAAGAUCACCUUUUCCGUUCGGUACAAACAAGAGAGACCUUUCUGUCCAUUAAUUAUAUGAUAGACCAGGUUAAAAUUGAUCAGUAUUAACUCCAAUACUAAAGGGGUAAAAAUUGUACACAGUUAAAUGCACUAGGAAACAGAGAUGUCACACGUGAAAGAAUUCAAGAGUCAAGAUUUUUCGAGAGUUUCGCGUUAAAUCCUUUGCCUUCCCUUUUCGUGUUAAUUCGGCAUCACAUUAGCACCGUAAUUAUUCAAGCGCAACAAUGCAACAAAACAUGGGCCGGGUGAGUACGUGACAAAUGGAACGACGCCAACGCACGUCAGUAUUGUUCCGUUUCCUUCUCGCAUUCUCAGCCCACCUGUUGAACAGUUGUGUCUGGUCGAGGGAGUUAAAAGUCUUCUCUCCUUCUGUUUGUUUUGUUGUUUUGUUUUGUUUUUUCUUUUUUUUUCAUUUGUCUUUUUUUUUUUCUGAUUUAUUUUAAUUUCUUUUUGUUUUGUUUUGUUUUGUUGUUUUUUUCUAAAUGAUAUUGCUUUUAUCAGUGCUAGAUAUUUGUACCGUUAGCUUGAAAUUUACUCUAAAAGUUGUGUACAGGAGUGAAACUUUUUUGAAAAAUUAUUUUCUGCGAAAAAAAAAAACAGAACAAAGAAGGAAAAGGGAAAAGGGAAACUUUUGUCUGAUAACCUUGCAGUGUAAACCGGCGUGACCUUCUUUAAUGCAAGGCAAGCGAAGCAUAAAAUUUGGCUUAUUAAGUUCCAUCGCGUCUCUGUUGAAAAGAACUUACGUUGAUACCGGCUUAUUGCACGAGAUGUACUACUUCUUUUAAUCUAAAUUUUACACGCGAUUACUUGAUCGAGUAAAUACCGUUGAUAAAACAGCGAUAUAAUUUACAUCAAGCAUUCUGUAAAUCUCUUUAUAUGAGGGGUAACAGAUUUAUCGGUAAUUUUUCCCUUCAGUAAAAGCCAUUAAUCCAGUCACUUCAAACACGCGUGUACAUACGUCAUAACCUUUUUAUUUUGUGAUUUUCUUUAUUCCAGGUGACUCAACUGUAACAGAAAAACCCAGUGAAGUUGAAAGGCUUAAAGUGUCCUCUUCUCAUUCCAUGGAAGGUUUUCUAAAUCAACGUGUAGAAGAGGACAUAUGGCUAAAAUGUUGGGUAAGUCAGCUUGCUCUCUCGUCUUUUCUUCCGUCCUUCUUGAUGCGAUGUUGUAAGGACGCUGCGUGACUGUAGUUGUCACCUUUUUUGAUGUGCGUAACGUAGUCAAUUUUCUUAAUCAACUUAAAGGGAAAAUAAUUAUCUAUACAACAUUUUGCCCGCUGUGCUUUUGUUAAAUUAUAUUGUAGUUUGAAAGCUUCAAUGUGUUGAUGUUACGGGACCUUGUGACUGGAGUUAUCAUUCAAGUUUUGAACUUGAUCUAAGUCCGAGGAGUGAAAAUAUGAGAAUCUUAGUUCGCACAAAGUUGCAACCUUUUCAAAAGAUUAAACUGUUUACUUUGUAGGUUAAAUUGUUUCUCGCUUUCACUAGAGUCAGUCAAAAUUGAUAUAGUAGGGUACAUAUGUGGGAUUGUCACAUGUUGACUUAACUUAGCUCUAUUAAGGAUUAAAAAGGUUAUAAACUUGUACUCAAAAUUGUAAUAUGAACGGCAUUUUAUUUUGCGUAAUAACCCAUUAUCUUCGUGCUAAACAUUAUAACAACAGUUUCAGGGUCAUUAUCAUAGCAUUCAUACUUGUUUGACUGAUAAUUUGCAUCUGCAUACUGAUGAUGAAGCUAAUUUGGUACUAGAACGUUAUUGGUUAUUAUUAUUAUUAUGUGUAGCCAACUGACAGGGUACACCUCUAAUGAUCGUUGUUCUUCUCUUUUAAGGUGAAGCUUGAAAACCACAUGCUUAAAAUUCACGACGAGAAAGACAGUACAGAAUCGGUAGUGGUUAGGAUCAAGCUAAGUAACUGUGUUGUGAAGGACUGGAGUGACGCACAACGGCCGUUUGUUAUGGAGAUUAAGAGAGCCCUGGGUCGACCGCACUACUUACAAGCUGAGAACGAAACAGGUACUCAUGCUUUGCUUAUCGUCUUAGUCACACUCUAAUCGCAAGCACCCUAUCACCCUAAGACUUGUGCAUCUCCAGGGCCCUUUGUGUACUGAAUAAACUCACAGUCAUGCUUGUGUACCCUGUUACAGAGUACCUUAAGUGGAAGUCGUCGAUUAGUGGAUCAGUAGUACAUUCACCUAAAGUUAAUCGCAGACCAGUUCUAACCUGGAGCUCUUUAGAGGACGACAGAACAAACCAUAGACCUGCCACCUCGCUGCUGCUGAAAUCAGACUCGGUUGAUAGAGAUGAAGUAUUUCAAAAUUCAGAAGAGACAGCUGUAUCACAUGCAGCACAUCCUGUACGACCUAACACUCCUCAGAAUCCAUCACCACGGGUAAGAAAUCAUGGUUCCUUCGUUAGUAGGGCCAUUUUCAACUCCAGUUUGGAUUUAAUUAGCAAUUUUUCUUUCUGGUCUUGCAUUGAUUUGAUUGGGUGUCUGACAAAAAAAUAUGGUAUUGUGAUACCGCAACUAGACUGAAUCUGACUCUUUACCGUACACUUGGCCUGGAUAAAACAGUAUUGCUGUUUCAUUAUUUUCAUCGUUGGAUAAACUAACAAACAGUUCUUUUCAUAUUGCAGCCAUCUACAGCCGGUGACGUGUCCAACUCAGAGAGUGAUGAUGGUGAAACCGCUGAACAAGCCAAACCGCAAGCUGCUGAGGAACCAGUGGAGAGAUGGCGAUCGUUUUCUGAAGGAGAGCAGGUAGUUUGUCCCCGUUUUUCAUUUCUAGUGCUCCCACCGAGUCUUCAAUUUCUACAAUUCUUUUUAUUGAUUAAUCAUUGAUACGAUGAGAGGAAGUUGAAAAGCUUGACUUAAAAAAACAGUUUGAAAUUACAGUUAGUAAAAAGCGAGCUUCGUCCUCAGGAACUGCCUCCAUAGAAACCAGUGUAAAUAGCUCUCCAGCUAAGUACUUUACGUGGGUUAAAUUCCUUGUCGACCGGCUUUUAGCUUUUUUAAAAGAGGAAUGACCUACGUCGAGGCAUAACGUGGUACAUGUUUGUAGCUGGUGUAAUACGUCCCCCUUUUCUUAAGAUGGCAAAUAAGAGGCUGCUGGCCAUGCAUAAAGUUUGUAGUUUCUUUCUCUUCUUGUAGGAAAAAUUUCGUUAGCGAAACAGUAUUUUAACAAAGUGAUUCUUGUAAAAAUUCAAGAACAUUGCCGUUUGAGGGUCCUUUAUUGACGAAAGAACUCAAAAUUAUUAUUUUUAAAAGAUUUUUUUAAAUCUAAUUUACCGUUUUACUUCCCUUUUCUAUACAGGAAGAAGAAAGAAAGACAAGAACUAAGCUUCAUCGAUCCAUCUCCAAUACUAUCCCAGUUUUUCCGCGUUUCCCAGGCAAAAGAAAACGUCGUAGUCGAACUGUACCAAAUGUUCAAGUGUCACAAGAUCUUCUUGUCAAUAUCAAAUACAGUUCAUGCUUGUUCAUGCGAAACGGUAGAGGUCUUUGGAGUAAACGAUGGUGUGUGUUACAGGAGGAUAGAUUACAUCUAUUCAAGCGGCCAGAUGAAGUUGUACCGGUCCUUACGAUUCCUCUUAAGCAAUGUGAAGUGCGGCGAGCCAACAAAAAAACUAAAAAGUUCACUUUCGAAGUAAACGUUCCCUCAUCGAGUGAGGAUUACUGUUUUGCGGCUGAUGACGAAAAGAAAUUGUUAAGUUGGAUGAGGAUGUUGAGAGCGAUCGCUGACGAAGAGGAAGAGGAAAAAAGGUUUGCACUUGAAUGUAAAUUUUUGCUUUUAAAUUCUCAACUUUAUGCCGGAUCCUCUAAUAUGAUCGUUAAAAAGAAGAUUCUGGCUGCUCAAGAAUUUUCGUGCGGUGUUAUUUGUUUAGUGGGUUUUUUAAUUAAUGACAUUUGGGAUUUGCGCUUAUUUUGUUUCUAUGCAUUCUGUGAAGUUUAAGGUUACGUAGACAGAUUGCUUUCAGUAAGUAUUAUUUCUUACGCGUAGUUCGUAUAAAGCUUCAUUUAUUUUGAGAUACUCGUCAGGUCGGUGAAAGAUUUAAUUGAUUAUGAACAUGCAUAUUCAUGACGCCGCCAAUUUAUAGUAGUGGUACGUGGUACGUACAUAAAAAAGUGUACAUCUUGACUGCUUUGGAGCCGAUGGGACUCAUAAUUUGGAAAGUCACCAGAUAAAAGUGGACGUUUGCCAACAGUGUAGUUAUUUUUUGGAUACUUUUUAACCCUGGAGAAAUACACAUUUAUAAAUCACACAAACCGGCAAAAUUUGGAAAACUUGACUCUAUGAACCACAAGGGUGCUCUUCGAAUAGAACACAAUGAAAACACUACCAGUUGAUUUUACUGAAAAUGAUCAGUCAACCCCCCCCUCCCCUGAGGUUUUGGUGUUUUACAAGUUAAACAAUCACAGAGGUGUAAGUGAUUUAAAGAGCAAAGUUUCCUUUCUGAUAGUGUUUUCUAUUUUUCCUGAUCUAUGCAUGAUAUCUUGCACGCUUGUUGAUGUCAUUCUUCGCAACUACAACCAUGUUAUCAUUGUUAUCAGUAACUAUUGAAACCACUUGUUCUUGAACAAUGAAUUUUUGUUCUGAUUGUAAUCUUUUAUUCUUCUCCGCAGUUUUUCAAAGGAACAGAGUGAAUCCAUAAACAGUGUGGCAGUGCAAGACACCCGCCAACACCACGAAUCAGAGACUUCACAGCUCACAAGCCAUUCUACAGCUGUCGCUGAGCGAAAUGAUGACGAAACUCUUGAACCAGUUGCUAGUAAUUCCGAGGAUCUUUCCGGAGAACAACUUACCGUAAGUGGCAAGACUGAAGGGUCAUCUUUACCAAGUCCCAUCAGUCUCUCUGCUGCCGUGAGGCCUACGUCGCUGGAUGGUGUACUUAAACUCCUUCAGGAUCAGCAAUUAAUUCAACAACUUGGCCAACAAAAGUUCAACCAAGCUAAACGGGCUCAAAACGCGUGGCGAAGGUCAGCGGCUGCUGCGUUAAAAGAGCAGCGGUCUGGGUCCAGAACUGCAGAUGUGGAGAAACCCGAGCCUACAUUUCCAAGUACAGCGGUUGAUUCAAGGAGGAGGACAAAGUCCAUGUCAAUGGCUCAAUCACCAUAUAAGGAUAUAAUUCCAUCGUCACCUUACCAAGGAGCCAAUGAAGUCAUAGAACAAUUUGAAAAACUCGCCGAGGAGGAGAAACUAAGGACUUUGAAAAAGGAAACAUUGUUGAAAAAGCGACGAAAUUCACUCACGCUUGAGAAAGAUGUGUUGAAAAAGAAGAUGUCUAAACAGAACGAAAAGAAAAACACUGUCAAAAAAUUCCUAGGUAAAGAUGAAAUAACGAGCGUCGAGGAUAAACAUCGCGUCGAAGAAAGACUUCAGCAAGUAGAUCAGGAAUUGGCAACCAUCGAGAGAGACUUGAUGGAUAAUAAAAAGAACGAAGCGCAAGUUUUGGACAAUAUUAAUGUUAUGAAAACAAAAACAGUGAGAAAGCUAUCGUUUGUUAGUCGGCCGUCUUGCAACAUGGCAGAUCAAAGAAGAGAAGCGUACAAAAGUUCUCAUUCCGAAUCGUCAUCUUCUCAAGGUUCCACAGAAGAAAGACCUGGUAAAGAAUCACCAAAAGCACAACAUUCAUUUGCUGCACGCAAGCAGAGCGCGGCUGUAUCACUGGCUGUGCUCGAGAAAGAACUGAGAAAAAUUUCUCCUGCUGGUGGCCGAAAAUUAACACUUAUCAAUAAUAACUACGUGAACAAAGAGAUGAGGUCGGGACGAGUAUCAGUGUCGUCAGAGGGCUCAGCUCCGGAUGACUUCGCUCGUAAGGACUCGCCAAUAAGCAACAAGAAAUGGACGACAGAAAAGCGAAUGUCUUCUGGUUCCGAUGGCUCCAUCGGCGAACAGUCGUCUCUUCCGAAAGCAAGUUUCUCCGAUAGCGCCGAGUUGAGGCGGAAAAGAUAUUCAGCAUCUGGCUCACAAGUGGCAUUUCACAAUGUCUCCGUAGAAAUUCCUACUGAUGACGAAAACAAGCCGGAAGAAGGAAAGCACAGGUUGUCCGUUACUUCCCAGAAAGGCCUGGAUGAAGGAAUGUCUCGAAAGUCGUCAGUUUCGUCAGAGAAAGGUUCUGAGGGCCACCGUGUCACAUUGAUGAAUGCUUUGUCGCAGAUCAAGGUACGUGUCACAUCUUUGUUAGAUCGGGGCUAGUUAUCCAUUUUGAGAAAAUGGAAGUCAACUAUUUUUUUCAUUUACGUAGGUUUUGUAGUGCUGGAAGUUAAAAACCUGUUCGCCACUCUGGGGUUGUCCCUGUUAAUGGGCACUGAGAAUUAUCUUGUUCCACAGAAAAGAAUAAAUAAUAUGCGCAAUAAAUUUGACAAAAUUUUAAAGGUUUAGAGGGCUGUUAAAUGAUUUCCGGUAUUCACCAUUUUCUCGUAGAUCAUAGUGCACCUUGUUUACCCCCCAAACUUUUGCAUAACUAUUGUCUUCGAUUUUGAUGUAAUUUUUUUUGGUGGGGCGGUGGGGGGAACAAGGUGUAUUAUGGUCUAUGUAAAAAUGGUGAAUGACCUGCUCUUGGGAAUGUUUCCUUGUUGUCUUAUUAUUCGAGAGAAUCAAUUUUAUUCCCAAUGGGGAAUCCGUGCAUUGAUUGCACUGGCCUGACGUACAUUUGACUGAAUUGACUUUCUGUUUUCCAGGACUUUGAAGAAUUUGCUGCUGUUUCUACAACUGAAAGGUGUUCCAAAUGAAGUGAUGGUACGACGAAAGGCGAUUCGCUUGAACCUCAGUUUAAAGUGAGAACUCACUGUAGAUACAUGAUGAUCCAAAGCCAAUUCAACUAUUAAUAAUGAUUUAUACUAAUGAGACCAUAAGAUGUAAACUAAUAACAAAUUUAGUUAGGGUCAGAUAUGUUAGUGAUGUGAUAUGAAAUACUGUUGAUGAUGUACGUUGCCUCUUAACCUUUGGUGAUUCUGUUUUCAUUUUCUGUUCGCGGAUUGUAGUACAAGUUAUAAAAAAACUCCAGAUCUCAAUUUUUUCGACACGUACGGAAUGCCAUGUUUUAUUUUUAUGCUCCUUUUCCAUGAAAAGCUUGCCAAAGUAGUAUCACUAUAUACAGUGAUGACACAACAAACCCAUUUUGCGACGAGCCUUAAUUUGUCAAAAACCUCCACGGUAAAAUAAAAUGUUAAUUAGGGCUUCACAAUAGUGCACCCUGAUGUAUGACGUCUUCAUGCAUCACAGAAAGAGUACUGCAGCAAUGUCAGAUCAGUGCCAGAGUUGGGUUUAGCUAAUUGAUACUCUUACUCUCUAAUCGUGAAUGGCUAUGUACUGUGCUUUUACCUUUUUGUGUUUGUUAAUGUUGUUGUUUUCGUAAAGAAAAGAGAAAGAAUCGGUUGUUGUGGUCUAGGCCCUCUUGAAUGCCACUUUGAAAGGACAUUUUUCUUGCUUCCUUUGUUAAGAUAUAGUCCUUCCUGGCCGUAUUCAAAUCAGCUACGAAGGCUGCUCCUGAUUAUUCAUAGGCUCAUUUUCGGUGAUACAACUCGAGAUCUUCUUCCUUUUGACACGGGUUUAGCCCUCGGGAACUGUUUUUAUAGAGUCUACUUACCAAACUCUGUUAAAGGUAUUGGUUAAAAAAGGAUAAACAUUAUUGAAUUGGACCAUGACAUAUUUAUUGAAACAUUUUUGAUAUGCUCUUGCUGUAAAUAACUUUGCUCGGCGUUAAAUCAAUACUUUAUACGCAUACGCAGGUUAAAAAAAUAAUGUGUACGAUAAUUGCGAAUUAUUUUGUGAAAUGACUUUUAAUCUCACGAAGAAGAACCUAUUUGAUAUAGAUUUGAUAUAAGUAUUACAAAUGCGAUAUAUGA